GAAGUGAGAUAUACACGAGAGCACAGCUCAGAGAACCCAUCUAUAAUUACAAAUUAAUUACGUAUCAUAUAUUCUUGUUCUUACUAUCGAAAAGAAUUAGUUAGCCAGCGGAAUGGAUUUUCGAGAUUUGAAUCCUUUUAACAUUUUUUUAAGCACGCUUUCGGCCAAUGUUUUGCCGAUGUCGAGUAGAGAAACGAAAUUACCCAUCUUUUUCAAAAUCUACUCGAUCAUCAUUUGGUUAAUAGAAGUGACAUAUUUUAUUGCUUGUGUUGUCGGAAUUUUGACCGUAUCGAGGGAAAAAGCAUUGAAGGAUGGAACGGUAAACCUUGUGAUCGCGAUAGAAGUGCUCGUGCUAAUGAUUUAUAUGCAUAAUCGUAAGAAUUUACUACGUGGAUUAAUUGAAAAAUUAAACCAUCUUAUCGAGGACAAUAAAAUACUUCGGAAUAUGAUAGUUAGCGCACUGGAACCAAUGGAAAAGCCGUUGAAAAUUUAUACGGUUGCUAGCGUUGGUUCGCUCGCUCUUUGGAUAUCAUUGCCGCUUAUCGAAGUUUUCCGGAAGAAUGAGUUCCGUUAUUCGGAUUAUCGAGUGCCAUUCGUUCUAUCCAAGGAACCUUUCCCACUCAACGUUUUCGUUGGCGGCGUCAUCUUCCAGAUCGUCGGCGGUACAUACACGCUAAUCAGAAAGAUUAGUUUAGAUAUCUACACAAUGUACAUCAUUCUGUUAACGACGGCUCAAUACAAGUAUCUUCGAAUGAAAUUUGCGACGAUAUUCGAACAGAAACCCGAAACUUUAAACGGUUCGUACAACGAUAUUACCCGGCAGAAUGUCUCCUUUAGGAACGAACGGAUGAUCCAGCAAAUGAGACUGUUGACCCGCCAUUACGAAACUGUAGUUGAGAUUGCUGUUAUGUUGAAGAAAUUGCUUUUUCUAAACGUCGGAGUUCAUUACAUAAACAACGUUUUCCGGUUCUGCUUUCUAAGUUUUAUGUUCGUAAUGAGUACUAAUAUGUUUUCCGAAAGAUGUUUAGUUAUAUUGUAUACAAUUGGUGCGCUGAUACAAUUUUAUAUAUUGUGCUAUUGUAUCCAAGAGCUACUCGACGCGAGCAACGCUGUAGCUGACGAUGUAAUAUAUGAAAAGUGGUAUUUGCACGACGUACCACUGCAACGUGCACUUCUUAUGGUAAUUUCUGCCAACAAACUAGAGUGCAAAUUAUCUAACUCUCGACACAUUGAUUUAACUCUGUCGUCAUUCAUGUCGAUCCUAAAUCAAGCAUAUUCCGUAUGCUUAUUGUUUCUUAAAUCAAGACCUGAUUAAAAUUGAAUAUUAUAACGUUAUGCAACGUAACAUAUCUUAAUCGUUAAUUGAUCUCUACGAUAUAAUUAAAUAUAGCAUCGUAAAUAAAGUAUUUA